GGGCUCUGCGGAGCGGGCGAGGGAAGGCGGCAGGAGGCUGGUCUCUCCCUCAUCCUUUCGCCGACAAGAUGGCGGCGGCGUUGGGGCUGGUGGCGCCAACGGCUUUGUUUCCCUCCACUGCCUGAAGCCCGGCUUUCACCAGCCCGGCCGCGAGGGGCAGCGGCGGAGACAUGACCGCGGAGCCUGUGAGUGAAAGCAAGUUGAAUACAUUGGUGCAGAAGCUUCACGACUUCUUGGCUCACUCAUCAGAAGAAUCUGAGGACGCAAAUUCUCCUCCAAGAUUAGCUGUGAGCAAAAAUACAGAUAAAAUGCCUGAAAAUAUUCCAACUUCAAUGGAGAACAGCAGGGAAGAGGGUAGUAGCUCUUCUGAAAGAUCCAAAUCAUUAGGAUCAUCACGUUCCAAAAGGAAACCUACAGUUGUAACAAAGUAUGUUGGCACGGAUGAUGAACAAAUCUUAGAUGAAACUAUGAAUCAAGAUAUUUCAAAUGAAAACUCGGAAAAUGAAGUUGAUAUGAAAAGCUUGCCUAAAGGUACAGUAGUUGUACAGCCAGAACCAGUACUUAAUGAAGACAAAGAUGACUUUAAAGGACCUGAAUUUAGGAACAGAAAUACUGCUAGAAUGAAACCUGAAACUCAAAAGAAGCGUGGAGAGGAAGGGCUACAUGGUAUUGUGAGCUGUACAGCUUGUGGUCAGCAGGUGAAUCAUUUUCAAAAGGAUUCAAUCUAUAGACACCCCACAUUAAAAGUACUUAUAUGUAAGACUUGCUUCAAAUAUUAUAUGAGUGAUGACAUAAGCCGUGAUGCAGAUGGAAUGGAUGAACAGUGUAGAUGGUGUGCUGAAGGUGGAAACUUAAUUUGCUGUGAUUUUUGCCAUAACGCCUUCUGCAAAAAAUGUAUAUUGCGCAACUUAGGACGAAAGGAAUUAUCAACCAUAAUGGAAGAAAACAAUCAAUGGCAUUGCUAUAUUUGCCAACCGGAACGAUUGCUGGACUUGGUUACUGCCUGUGAUAGUGUGUUUGAAAAUUUAGAACAAUUAUUGCAGCAAAAUAAAAAGAGAAUCAGAGUUGACACUGAAAAAAGUAAAAUGUAUGACAAUACGCUUAAGUAUUCUUCAAAGAAAAAUAGUUCGAGUUGUAAUGGACAAGAAAAGAAACCAGAUCGUCCAUAUUCUGGUGCUCUAACCUAUUCCUACAAAGCAUUGAUGGUGCCAAAAGACUUGCUUAAAAAAACAAAAAAACUAGUUGAAACAACAACAAACAUGAAUGCUAGUUUUGUUAAUUUUUUAAAGGAGGCAACUGAAAAUUCUGAAAUAAACCCAACAAUGCACUUACGUCAGCUGAAGGCUUUUAAAUCUGUGUUGAGUGAUAUCAAAAAGGCUCAUGUGGCAUUGGAGGAAAGUCUGAAUCUUGAGAUUCAGUCUCUGGAUUCUAAAAUCAAGCAAAAAAACAGCAAGGAGAAGGAAACUGGAAUUAAAUUGGAUAACAAUGAAGUGAAGAAAACAGAAGGAAAAGAAUUCAAGGAGCAUAAAGUCACAUCAGAGGUUAGUGAGCAUACUGGUCCAAGUGUGCCAAGAAUGGAUCAAUUAGGAAGCAAAAAAUCCAACUGCAAAGAUAAAAAAUCUGGAAAAAGUGAAGAUCUUCAGUAUGAGCCCAACAGCACUGAGGCAACAGAUAUGGAUAUUGUGUCAGUCCCCUCAUCUGUUCCUGAAGACAUUUUCGAAUCUUGUAUGGAAGCGCAGAAAGCAGCAGGUGAGCAAGGCACUGGAAGUAGAGCCACAGAGCAAGGGGCAGCAAAUGCAAACAUAAAAUCCAAAGACAGCAGGGGAGGGAUGAAGUUGAUGCAGUCUACAAAAGUAACAAAAGAAUUGGUUGUGAAACUGACUCCAGUUUCCCUCUCUAGUUCUGUAAAAGCUGAAGAUCCAGAUGGAAAGCCAGAAAAGGGAGAUGAAAGAGAAGGUGUAAAAGAAAACUAUGUUACUGAAUGUCCACCUGAAAAUGAAAUUAGUUCUUUUCUAGAAGAUCAUGAUCUCAGAAGGUCUCCACGUGUUAAAACCACACCUCUGAGGCGCCCAACAGACAUAAACACCUUACUGUCUAAUUCAGAAGAGGACAGCAAUGAUGCAUACAAUGAAAAAGAUAGGAGAAAAUCCACACAAUCCAAAAGAAAAAAAGAUAAGCCGAGCUCUCCUGAUACUACAGUUCACAGUCCUCGGUCGAACACACUUUCUGAGACAAACAAACAACACACGGUGGACCAAAGUUCUGAUUCUGAUGAGGUACCUGCAGUCCUUCAAGAAGUAGCUAUGAUGAGCCACAGUUCUUCAGAUAUUGACAGCAACAGUGAAAUUUCCAAGGAUAUGUUAAAUGCUUUAAAGAGGCAGUCAGUGAAGGAGGACAAUGGAAAAAGAAAAAGAAAAAGUUCCAGUUCUGGAUCAGAGUUUGAUGCUAAAAAGGGGAAAUCAAGUAAAGAUUUAGCUGCUGCUAAAAAGAAACGCCAGAACUGUUCAGAAUCUUCCAAUUAUGAUUCUGAGUUAGAAAAGGAGAGAGAGAAUUUGAGUAAAAUGGACCCUGCAAGAAAGGCUACAAAAAAAGACCCAAAGAAAGAAAAUUAUGAUUCUUCAGAAGAUGAACCAAAGAAAAAAGAAAAAAGAAAUUCAAAGCUGCAACAGCAAAGUGAAUUGUGCAAUGAAGUUCAUUAUGUUGAACUCUCUGCUCCCGAAAAAGAAAAGCUAGACAAUUCUUUGGAAGAUGCACCCAGUAAAGAGGCAGCUGUUAAGGGGAAGCGAAGAAGGGAUUUCAAAGACAGAGCCUCCAAAGGUAAACGGAAUAUGUCAUCUGAAAAAGAAGAGAGCAGCAUUUCAGGCAAGAUAAGUGUACCUCUGGCAAAGGAAGGACGGGAUUUUUCCUCGGAUGAUACAGGGCCGUCUCUAAAGCAAGAGCAGAGUGGCGAGUCUUCGGAUGAUGCCAGAAGGAAGGCUAAAAAAGGUAUGAAAGAAAAGGAAAGUGUGAACCAGAGAAAAACCUCUACAAGGGGACAAAGUGAUUCGUCCUCUGAAAUUGAGAAGUCUUCUCCUGAAAAAGAGAGUUGUAGUGCUUCUGGAAGUAACUGCAAGAAACAAAGUACUGCUGAGAUGAAAAGGAACUUAAGAGAGAGAGUUUCUAAGAAGCUCCAGGGUAAUGUUUCAGACACCACGCGGUCUCCCAAAAAUGAACAGGCCUGUGAUACUUCAGAAGAUAAUUUAAAUACAAAAGGAACUUGCUCUAAAGAAAAGAAAAAAGCAAGCCCCAAAAGAAGAAAUUCCAAAAAACUAAGAGGUGACUUAUUGUCCACUUCUGAGGAGGACUUCUAUGAGGAGAAAAAGAACAAAAAAAGAGGGGCAGUCAUUAAGGGAAAUGCCAAGGACAGUCGUAAAGAGAGAGGGAAAGUUGGUGUUAAAAAAACAAAGAAUGAAGCCAUCACUUCCACUGCCUCAUCAUCAUCAAAUGAAGCUGAACAUGAAGACUUGAAUUCAGCGGGCGAGGCAAGCAGUGAUGAGCAGAAAAUUAAGCCAGUGACUGAAAGUUUAUUGGCGGCAACAAAAAUUGGAUUUUGUCAAUCUUCAGGAGAUGAAGGUGAGACUAAAUCGCAGACUGUGCCAAUGGAAGAAGAGGAAGAUGACGAUGAUGAUCCCGAGAAUAGAAUUGCCAAGAAAAUGCUUUUAGAAGAAAUCAAAGCCAAUCUUUCCUCAGAGGAGGAAGCUUCUUCUGAUGAAGAGUCCGAUGAAGGGAAAAAGAAGAAAGAAAAACAAUCAGAAAAAAGAGGCAAGAAUGAAGAGAAUGAACAGGAAGAUGAUUCUGACUCUGAUUCAGCUGUUGAAGAGGCUAAGAAACCUAGAUAUAGACACCGCUUGUUAAGACACAAAUUGACCAUGAGUGAUGGAGAAUCCGAGGAAGAGAAAAAGGGAAAAUCUAAAGAGGCAAAAGAAGUUAAACGCAGAAAUAGAAGAAAAGUAAGCAGUGAGGAUUCAGAUAAUUCAGAAGCAAAUGAAUCUGGAGUAAGUGAAGACGUCAGUGAAUCUGAAGAUGAUCAACGUCCUAGAACAAGAUCUGCCAAGAAAGCUGAACUAGAAGAAAAUCAGCGGAGUUACAAGCAGAAAAAGAAAAGACGACGCAUAAAAGUCCAGGAAGAUUCAUCUAGUGAAAACAACAAGAGUAAUUCUGAGGAUGACGAUAACGAUGAUUCAAAAUCUCCUGGGAAAGGCAGGAAAAAAAUACGGAAGAUUCUUAAAGUUGAUAAACUCAGAACAGAAACCCAAAAUGCUCUGAAAGAAGAGGAGGAGAGAAGAAAACGGAUCGCUGAAAGGGAGCGUGAGAGGGAGAAGCUAAGAGAAGUGAUAGAACUACCAGAUACGCCAAUUAAAUGUCCAAUUACAACUAAGCUGGUUUUAGAUGAAGAUGAAGAAACCAAAGAACCUAUAGUACAGGUUCACAGAAACAUAGUUACAAAACUGAAGCCGCAUCAAGUAGAUGGUGUUCAAUUUAUGUGGGAUUGCUGUUGUGAAUCUGUGAAAAAAACAAGGAAAUCUGCAGGCUCUGGAUGCAUUCUUGCCCACUGUAUGGGUCUGGGAAAGACCUUGCAGGUAGUUAGUUUUCUUCAUGCUAUUCUGUUGUGUGACAAGCUGGAUUUCAGGACAGCUCUUGUUGUCUGUCCACUGAACACGGCCCUGAACUGGCUGAACGAAUUUGAGAAAUGGCAAGAAGGCUUAGAAGAUGAUGAGAAACUGGAGGUCUGUGAACUAGCAACAGUUAAACGCCCUCAAGAGAGAAGCUAUAUGCUGCAAAGAUGGCAGGAUGAAGGGGGUGUAAUGAUUAUAGGUUAUGAGAUGUACCGUAACCUUGCACAAGGAAGGAAUGUGAAGAGCAGAAAGCUCAAAGAAAUAUUUAACAAAGCACUGGUUGAUCCAGGCCCUGAUUUUGUUAUAUGCGAUGAAGGACACAUAUUAAAAAAUGAAGCUUCUGCUGUUUCUAAAGCUAUGAAUUCUAUAAAGUCCAGGCGGAGGAUCAUUCUUACAGGAACCCCAUUGCAAAACAACCUCAUAGAAUAUCACUGCAUGGUUAACUUUAUCAAGGAGAAUUUGCUUGGGUCUGUUAAGGAGUUCCGAAAUCGAUUUAUAAAUCCAAUCCAAAAUGGUCAGUGUGCGGACUCUACUCUGGCUGAUGUCCGGGUGAUGAAAAAGCGUGCCCACAUCUUGUACGAAAUGUUAGCUGGAUGUGUUCAGAGGAAAGAUUAUACAGCAUUAACCAAGUUCCUGCCACCAAAAUAUGAAUAUGUUCUGGCUGUAAGAAUGACUCCUCUUCAGUGUAAGCUAUAUCAGUACUACUUGGAUCAUCUAACAGGUGUCAGCAACAGCAGUGAAGGUGGAAGAGGCAAAGCUGGAGCAAAACUCUUCCAGGAUUUCCAGAUGUUAAGCCGAAUUUGGACACAUCCUUGGUGUUUGCAGCUGGACUAUAUUAGCAAAGAAAAUAAGGGCUAUUUUGAUGAAGAUAGUCUUGAUGAGUUCAUAGCUUCAGAUUCUGAUGAAACGUCAGUGAGCUUAAGCUCUGAGGAAGAAAUCAAGAAGAAAAAAUCCAAGGGUAAAAAAUCAAAGAAGGAGAGUAGCUCCAGUGAAAGUGGAAGCGAUAAUGACGUUGAAGUUAUUAAAGUCUGGAAUUCAAGAUCUCGUGGAGGUGGAGAAGGAAAUGUAGAAGAGCCAGUGACCAACCCUCCAUCCAUUGUAAAGUCAGAAGAAGGUAAAACCACUUCCAACCCAGGCAGCCCAGCUCCAGAUUGGUACAAGGAUUUUGUUACCGAUGCUGAUGCUGAAGUGUUGGAGCAUUCUGGAAAGAUGAUGCUUCUCUUUGAAAUUCUUCGCAUGGCUGAGGAGCUUGGGGAUAAAGUCUUAGUGUUCAGCCAGUCUCUGAUAUCACUGGAUUUGAUAGAAGAUUUUCUGGAGCUAGCAAACCAGGACAAAGAAGAAGACAAGCCUAUAAUAUAUAAAGGUGAAGGAAAAUGGUUCAGAAAUAUUGAUUAUUAUCGUUUAGAUGGUUCUACAACAGCUCAGUCAAGAAAGAAGUGGGCUGAAGAAUUUAAUGAUGUAACUAAUGUCAGAGGCCGUUUGUUUAUUAUCUCCACUAAAGCAGGAUCCCUUGGGAUAAAUCUGGUGGCUGCUAAUAGAGUAAUUAUUUUUGAUGCAUCUUGGAAUCCAUCAUAUGAUAUCCAGAGUAUCUUCAGGGUUUAUCGUUUUGGGCAAAAUAAAGCAGUGUUUGUGUACCGCUUCUUGGCUCAGGGAACGAUGGAAGACAAGAUCUAUGAUCGUCAAGUAACUAAACAGUCGCUGUCUUUCCGGGUUGUUGACCAACAGCAGGUUGAACGCCACUUUACCAUGAAUGAACUCACUGAGCUCUAUACAUUUGAGCCAGACUUGUUGGAUGAUCCUAAUUCAGAAAAGAAGAAGAAAAGGGAUACACCCAUGUUGCCCAAAGAUACAAUUCUGGCUGAAAUACUUCAGAUCUGCAAAGAGCAUAUAGUGGGCUAUCAUGAACAUGAUUCCCUCCUGGACCACAAAGAGGAAGAAGAAUUGACUGAAGAGGAAAGGAAGGCGGCUUGGGCUGAAUAUGAAGCUGAAAAGAAGGGCCUGACAAUGCGUUUCAACAUGCCAAUGGGGGCAAACAUGUUCCACACCAACUUUAACUCUCAAACUCCAUAUAUUCCUUUCAAUUUGGCAGCGUUGUCCGCUAUGAGCAACCAGCAGCUGGAGGACCUCAUUAAUCAAGGCAGAGAAAAAGUUGUGGAAGCGACUAAUAGUGUUACUGGGGCAAGAAUUCAGCCCCUUGAAGACAUCAUUUCCAGUAUAUGGAAGGAGAACCUGACCCUCACAGAGUCCCAGGUCCAGGCGUUAGCUCUAAGCCGACAAGCAGGCCAGGAGAUGGAUGUUAAGCGCCGGGAGGCCAUCUAUAAUGAUGUCCUGACAAAACAGCAGAUGUUAAUCGGUUGUGUUCAGAGGAUUCUGAUGAACAGAAGACUUCAGCAGCAGUACAAUCAGCAGCAACAGCAGCAACAGCUGUCUUAUCAACAGGCAGCUCAACAGGCAGCUCAACAGGCAGCUCAACAAGCAGCCAUGAGUCAUCUGAUGAUGCCAAAGCCUCCUGGUUUAAUUAUGAAUCCUUCCAACUUCCAACAGAUAGAUAUGAGAGGAAUGUAUCAGUCCGUUGCUGGUGCAAUGCAGCAUCCCCCACCCUUGCAGCGCGCCCCUCCCCCAAUGAGUGGCAAGAAUCCAGGACCAUCCCAAGGGAAAUCAAUGUGAUUUUGCACUAAAAGUUUAAAAGAUUGUUAAAAUCAGAGAUUGGGAGAGAGAGCUUUUUUAUUUUUGUAGGAAUCAAUGGCUUAACAGAACUCAACUGUAUAGAUAGUUUGGGUGAUUUUCCCCCAUUAGUCGCCAUGUUCUAUUUCAGUGUAUCCACUUUGUUUUGAUAAGACAUGAUGUCCCCCCCCCCCAAUAUUUAGUGAUGUUGCCUAGAAUCUUCUUACAUGUGUUGAGUACAGGAGAUAUCCAGUUGUUUUCAGUGAAAACAGGUCCUUCCAUAACAUUAGGGGCUGCACAGGUUUCCUGUUUAAACUCCUACGCUUGCUGUUAAUAGCCAUAAAAACAGCCGUCAAAUGGGAGAAGCUUAGGGAAGUUACACAGGUCUGUAUAUUUCGGUCGUCACACACAAAUGUACACAGCUGAGUUCUUGGUUAAAGUUGAUUCCUCAAAUUAUGGAACUUUUUUAUAGUCCUUCGUGAAAUGGGAAGCAAGACAGAACUGACAUGAAGACUUAUUCUACUCAUUAACAUGUGAUGGAAAAAUAACACAUAGAAACUGAGAAUGAUCUUGAGACAGAACUGAGUGCAAUAUUCUUAAAUACUACUGCUCUGAAACUUCUGAGUCAUGCAGUUUUUGGAAACUGUGUCUGCAGCCUUAAGUUACAGCCUGAGAAGAUGCUGUUUUCUCUAGCCUUCUGCCACUUUUAUUUCAUCUUUUUGAUGGAAUAAUAUCAAAUAACUUUUCGUUCUUCACCCAUGUAUUUCCACCCCAUGCUAAUUCUGAUGCAAAGUGCAUUUCUGUUGACUCCUUUAUACUGGUGCUAGUGCCUCAUCCUGUUGCUGGCAGUAGGGUGGGGGGCUAAGAGAAAUGUAUUCCUGGUACUUUGGGGCUCAAAGUUGGUGGCAGUGGUUAGGAUCCAGCCCAUCUUCAGUCAGCAGCCUUGAAAAUGGCUUGAACCAUUUGCUCUCUUGACAUACAAAGGAAUGUGCUUUCACAGUUUGCAGUAUUGCCAGAAUUGUGAAAUAAUUCCUCCUUUUAUAGAUAAGAAUCUCUGGUUACCCUGUGUUCCUUCCCCAUCCUAGUUUUCAUUCUUUUAAGAAUAUGAAAGUGGAAAAAACAGCUUGAUUUUUUUCUUUUUGUUUUAGUCCUAGAGAAGUACAUUUCCAAUUAAUUACACUUCAUUAACAGCUACUUUUACAACAUGGAAAUAGGAUAGUCAUCCAUUUUUCUGUGCUCAUGAAGAUCCAGGUUGGCACCACUAAACCUUUUCCUUGCAUUAGUCUAGCUGAUGUUUCCAGAAGCGAAGAUAUUUUUUGGAAUGUAGGCAUAAAAUUAAAUGACAGGUGCAUUUGAGGUAUUGGAGCAGGCGAAAGCAAACAGCAAAGGAAUUUUGGAGAUCCAUGAAAGAUGAGUGGAAAGACUGACUCCAGGCACCACUGAAAAAGCAAGAGUUUAUAGUCUAAAAGUUUGGCUUCCUGAAUCUUUCUAGAAGAAUUGUUGGUUUAUCUUCUCCUGUCAGAAUGCUUGAGCACCCAGACAAUGCUAAUUUUGGGAAAGAUUUUCAGUUUUAAGUGAAUGCCCUUUGCUUGGUGAGCGGAACAUAACUUGAUCAUCUGCAGCAAAUUUAACCAUAAAUUGCUGUUUUCAGAGGUGGGAAGAGAUCCUGAGCCCAUUCACCCAGCGGUGUGGUUCAUUUCUUUAAUUUGAUAAGAAGGGGAAGGCUCCAAAAAUUGUUCUUCACUUCAGAAGAAAUGACAAUAGAGACUCCCAGGACAAAUGUUUGAAGGCAAAUGUAACUACCCAGGACAUUCCUACAUUUUUCUGAAAGGAGCUAGGAAUUUUAGUGGCAUUUUUACAUCAACUCAAGAGACUUAAGUGUGGAAGUUUUAGGCAACAUUUUUGAAGACACAUUUUUUUCCACCCUCAGUGACAGCCGACAAAGGCAACUGGCGUGGAUGAGGAUGUCAAGACAAGAAGCAUUGAAGUAAAACUUGGACCACUUUGCAUACAUAUUUCUCACAUGGCAUAUAGCUGCAUAAUAACGUGCUUUUGAGUAUAACAUCAAGCUUUAACCAAUAUUUAAAGACAGAAAUGGCAUCAAUUAAAUAAAACUGAUUUUUAUAUUUGUUUUAGAUGUUUUACCUAGUUGAAAUGGCUUAUAUAAGAUGAAUAAAAAUGUUGCUUGUAAUACAGUUUUGCCUGCUAAAUUCUCCACAUUUUGUAACCUGUUUAUUCCUUUGGAUGUAAAGCGUUUUUGCUUAGUAUUGUGAUACUGUACAUGUUUUUGUCCCAGUUGUAUAGUAAUGUUUCAGUCCCUCGACCAGCUUUGGCUGCUGAAAUCAUACAGCUGUGAAGACUUGGCCUUUGUUUCUGUUUAGACGGCUUUUUCAGUUAUGUAUUAAAUAUCAUAAAAGUACUGUAGAAAAGAUGUCACUUCUUCCUAUAAGGCUGUUUUGUAAAAUAUAUAUUAAGGACUGGAAACGUGUUUUUAAGGAGAAGCAUUCAAGUAUGACAAUAUGCUAUCUGUGUUUUCACCAUUCAAAGUGCUGUUUGGUAGUUAAAACUAUUUAAUAUCUCAUUUAAUAAAG